AUGGCGCCUAAACCUGUACAUUUGGAUCUUCAACCUCUUAGACCAGAGGAUAUACCAGAUUCAUCGACUGAUGAAUUCGAUGUUUUCUUGAAUAACCAUUUUGAUAUGGGUAUAAAAUUAAUUGAUAGUAUGGCAAAUUGGAAUCAUCAUUCUACGAAACAUGAUAGUACAGUAAAGAUAUUGAAUUUGACUACUUCAUCAUCUUACAAUGAUAUACGUAAAACGCUAGGUGGUAUAAAGGAAUACUGGUGUGGAAGAGAAUCUCAUCAUUCAACUAGAUUACCACAAACAUCAAAACAACCUACGGAUACCACCACGGCCCCCUCGACACACCCUAAUACGAGUACGAACACAAACACGACGUCGAAAAGGAAUUCAUCGUCAUUCGCCAAUCCUUCUUCUCUAAUUCGUACUUUUUCGGAUAAAUUGACAUCUAGACAUUCUGAAGAUCAUGGUGAUUCUCAUGCUUCGCAUCUACAUGGGAAAUCGACUGAUUUGAAUGGAAGUGCACUUUCAGAACAAGAAGGAGGGGUACCGGUAGAAAGAAUUCCGUCAGAAGUUGAGAGACAAGCUUUGUUCAUGAGUUCUUCUCCUGAUGGUAUAUAUGAAAGGUUCAGAAGAGGUUUAUUGGAGUACCACAGUGAGAACGAAAGAGAAUACAUCGAAUCAAUGAGAGAAUCAGAAUGUUUACAUGUAUAUCGAAAACAUGUUGCUGAAGUAUGGAGAUUAACUUUCAAAACACCACCUCCAACGAAUCCAAGAACUUUCAUCGUCUUAUUGUUAUCUAGAGAAUUGACUGAUAAUAAUCAAGCAAAAGGUGAAAGAUCAUUUAUGAACAUUUCAUUACCUUUUGAACAUCCUGAUUGUCCACCAAAACAAGGAAAUGAAAAAUCUAGAGUAAGAGGCAAAUACGUUUCGGUUGAAAGGGUUAAAGAAAUUGAACAGGGUAACGAAGUUGAAUGGAGAAUGGCAACUUCUUCUGAUGCAGGCGGUAACAUACCGCGAUUCGUCACGAACGGAUCAUUACCUAAUAGUAUAGCAGAAGAUGUACCCUCUUUCCUAGGUUGGUUGGAGAAACGUUUCCCGGUGGGCGGUGAACUCAGCUCAAGACCUAUAAAUUGA